CACGUCGGCAAGUUCAGUCGUCCACCGCGUGCCGACCCGCGAGCAUCGAGCGUAGCCACCCUCCCUUGGCGAUUUUCUCGUAGCCACCCCCGUUUCGUGCGCCACCGUGUGCGAGGGGUCGGUCACGUGUCCCCUACGUCUCUCGCACGCUCGAACGCGAGUGCAACCAUGCAAGUGCGAGCACCCUCGUUCGGAUUCGUCAUACAGUCUCCGACAUGAGCCGCUACUAAUUAUGGCGUUUCUCGGCGAGGCGGAUUCCUCUUUGCAAAUCGACAAGUUAGAAGCGAGUCUGGAGACAUGAUGCUCGAUCGUUUGUUUCGCCGUACAAAUCCCGUGCACGGCGAGCAUUCAGUCGGGGUUGCUUCUGCUGUUUGAUCAGAGAUGAGUUUGAUCCAUCUGGAUACACGAUCCACCGGUGAUCACGCACGAUCGUGCACCGGCAAUGUUCACUAAAGUCGCGCGAAAUAGCGAACGAAAUUUUCUGCUGGUUCUCGUUGUGACCAUGAUCGCCGAUUAUGAGGCCACAAUUGUUUACGAGGAAUAACAAGCACGACGUCGGUAGAGUACGAAGUUUGUUAUGCUCGGUUUCCUCAAGUGGCAUCGAAUAAAGCGCCGGUUUCAGUGAGAUGUGAGGCAACGAUGGAGUUGAGGAUCAGUAUACUUCUCUUGAUGCUUCUUCGCCUUGCCAGUACGCUCGAAAAUACGAAGGAGACGGACGACGCCGACGAGGAUGACGAGGAGAGUUAUCCAGUCGAAGAUUACGAUUACGGUGACUACGAGACCGCGACUAUAACCAGCGAUACCGAUCUCAUCGCUGGUGGUUCCCUGCCGAUUUUCCUGGCGGAGCCCGUCGAUACGUUCGUCGUGAAGGGGAAACCGGCGACGUUGCACUGUCGCGCCGCACACGCUCUUCAGGUGUAUUUUCGUUGCAACGGUGACCGGGCCGAACGCUCGCAGCAGCAGGAUUUCGUCGACCCCCGCACCGGAACGAGGGUCGUCGAGGUCGAGUUGAACGUGACAAGGAACGAGGUCGAGGAGUACUUCGGAAGGGAGAGAUUCAAGUGCGAGUGCGUGGCAUGGUCGGGACCAGGUCAAAUUCGAGGGCAGCCCGCUACGGUUGAGGUCGCCUAUCUGAAGAAGCACUUCCUGUCGCCGCCGUACUCGCUGUCUGUGGAGAACGGCCGUAACGCGGAACUGCGAUGCUCCCCGCCCAUGGGCAUACCACCGCCGAAGGUUUCUUGGCUGAGGAACGGCUCACCCCUUGAGACAGCCGUCGCCGGCGCCGCUUCCGCGUCCUCCGACGCAAAUCCCAACGACGUGUCCUCCGCAGACGGCUUCGUGCAGUCCGCCGACGGACAUCUGCUCCUCGGGGAGGCUGAAUUGAGGCAUCAGGGCAACUAUUCCUGCGUCGCCGAAAAUCUCGCCGCCAGGAGGGUCAGCGAACCGGCGGUACUCACGGUUUACGUGAACGGCGGGUGGUCGUCCUGGUCCGGAUGGUCCGAGUGCAGCGUACGCUGUGGUAGGGGCGUACAAAAGAGGACAAGAACAUGUACAAAUCCCGUUCCAAUCAACGGCGGCCAAACGUGCCCAGGCCCAGCCACACAAAGGGUGGAAUGCAAUCCUUCCUGCCCCGCGAUUGAUGGCAGAUGGUCAACUUGGUCCUCGUGGUCCGCAUGCGGUCCUGAUUGCACGAGAGUGAGGAGGAGAUCCUGCAAUGAUCCCCCGCCGAGCAAUGGCGGUCGUCCCUGUCAAGGCAAGGACGUCAUCGUCGAAUCCUGCACCACGGAUCGAUGUAAUGCGCUUGGACAAGAUGGGCCAAGAGUAUUCAAGGAAGCAACCAGAGCAGUCGACCACAGGAAUAUUCUCGCAUUGUGGGUGACUUUAAGCUUAGCCGCGAUAAUACUGGCUGUAACAACAAUUUUCUUCGUUCGCCUAAUGCGUCGGAAGGAAAGAAUGGAUGCUUUGUACGGCGUCGCGAGGCUAGACUUCCGGCGUCCGGGUGAUCUCGCAAAGUCGGUCGUUUCGAAGAACGAGCGUUCCGUUCCGGCUAGCGACCGGCGUCUCGAACAUGUGAUCGACGAAUCCAACGCCGGCAGAUUACCCAGAUCCUGUUCCGAGCAUCAUUACGACGUUCCGCAAUUGUCAUUACCGUCGACAACGAGGCCAUCGCCGAGCUCCUCCGUAACCAGGUCUUCUUGCAAGAACUCGCAGCGAGGACGCGGCAUGUCGGAUAAUGAGGAGGGACGGUCCUCUCGCUCAACCUACCAAGCAAAUCCAGAAAGCACCAACGAGGACGACGACGAGCAGGACGACGACGAGAGACCGGACGAGAAUGAGCGAUCCGCGACGGACGACGGUAGUGGCUUCAUCGUGAGAGCCAUAAUCGACGAGCAAGGCGCCCUCCUAGUCGUUCCUGAGGUGGGCGUCUCGAUGUCUGUGCCGGAGGGUGCGAUUCCGCGUGGACGCCGACACGGUCUACACCUCGCCGUUCUCGGGGAGAACUAUUUCAGACCGAAUCUUCCGCCCGGGCUCACGCUGCUGUCCGCCGUGGUGGCUUGCGGCCCGGCGGGCAUCGACCUCGUGAAACCGGUGAUCCUCCAGUUCGAACACUGCGCCGAGCUCAGGGCCGGAAACUGGGAGCUGAGCCUGUGGUGCGCGGAGAUCGAUCUGGAGACCCGCUCGAACAACUCGGCCAGCUCGUCCGCGAGCUCGAGCACUUCCCCGUCUGGUGCGACGACCUGGCGCAAGGUGCUCAUGCUCGGCGGUGAUCCGACGAAUCUGCCUGGUCAGCCGUUCGCACAGCUCGAUCAUGCUGGUGUGUUUCUUGUUACGGAGACGCCUAACGUUUAUGCCGUGGCAGGUGAAAAUUCGGCGGUUGCACCUGGUCUGGCUGUGAAGCGUCUCUGUGUGGCGGUCUUCAUCUCCCGCGAACGCGAUCACAUCAGGUGUCACGUGCUCGAGGACACCAAGGCGUCGUUCAAGCUCGUAAGCGAGCAAGAACGUCGUUUAGGUAGCAGCCAUAUCGAUCACGGUACUCUCGGAUUUCGUGCCAGUGGCACGUCGCUUCGAGUCGAUCUCGAGGAUAGAGAGAGUGGCUUCGCCGAGCGACAGGAAGUACCUUAUCGGCGCAUUUGGGGAUCCUCGAAAAUCAGUAUCCGGCGCUCCUUCAGGAUAGAGAAAGUCGUUGCUGACCUCAGGCUUGGCUUCGAGCUUCGUGCUUGUCAACGUGGUUUCGAGGAUCAGAGCUUGCUUCUGAGAAUCGAUCUCGAUCUCGUAAAACGAAAUAACAUGAGUGGAAAGAGAAGCGGUAAUAAGGCGGAAUCUUCUGUUGUUCUACGGGGAAAAAGUUCAACGAGAUCCACAGAAUCCGUCAUACCGAGACCCUUCAGAUUUUCAAAAACGUUGAGAAAGCAGCUGUGCCAAUGUCUGGAUCCGCCAAGCGUGCGUGGCAAUGAUUGGCGGAUGUUGGCGCAGAGGUUGCAAGUGGAUCGAUAUGUCGACUAUUUUGCGACAAAAGCGAGUCCAACGGAGCAUAUUUUGGACUUAUGGGAAGCCAGACACCGCGAGGCCACGGCUCUAGCUGAUUUACUGAAUCAUUUAAGACUGAUGGGUCGCGUCGACGCGGCCAACGUACUCGAGAGUCGCCUGGGGCCAUGGAUCUAAAAGAUCUCGAGAAACUUACACUGCCAUAGCAAACGAAACCUAAAUUUGUAACACGAGAAACAAAAGUUUUGUAAAUAGAGUAGUUAUUACAUGGUACUAACAAACUGGACGUAGAAAUAUGUUGUAUAAAUAUUGUCAAAUCAUAUUUGUACAUAAAAGUCGUUUACAACAAA